GGCGAGUUUGGCUCGCCUGCCAUGCCUUGGCUCUGUAAGGACGAUGGGCUCCUCGGUUGUUCGCUUAGAGUUUUCCUAACACGAGUACUAUCCCAUUCGGUGGAUGAUUCGUGUCGUCUGGCCGGAACACUGCGUAUCCACAUCAAUCUCAUCAAACCAGUGAAGAUGUCCCUUCGGCAGACCAUGGAUAUGCUGCCUGGACCGAUUGACCAGUUAUCCAGCCAAAAUAUCCCAGAUGGAUGCGAUGAGAAUUCGGAGCAAACGGAGCACCUGCUUCCUGCUCCGGCUCGUCUAGUCUCAUUUUUCCUCCCGCGUGGCACUUCCAAGGUUGUCUACAUCACCAGUUCCACCACCUCAGCGAACGCCAUACAAUCCCUUUUGGAUCGAUUUCAUAUCCAGGAAUCCCCUCGUAAAUUUGCACUCUACGAACACACGCUGGAGCAGACUACUAUCAUUGCUCGAAAACUUUCCCCCUCGGAACGCCCGCUGUUGCUUCUGCUCGACUGUGCCAGAGUGAGUUCGAAUCGAGACGAUUUCCUGCAGUUGUUGCACAAGAAGCGGAUCGUGCUUCAGGAAAAUGACACAUGCGACAUUGAUUGGAAAGAAUUCAGUCCUGCUGAGUUGACCAAUUUCUUACGAAUUUUGGACAAGGAAGAGUCGGAGUACAAGAAUGUUAUCUUGUAUCAAUAUGGCAUGUUACGGGACAAAAUCAUACAGCGAUUGAAGACGUUGGAUUUGGAAGCCGCGUGUAGGGUGUUACCUUCACAAAAGUACACAUGUGCCCCGACGCAUCCGCAUGCCUUCCACCCCCUGCCUCACCGACACGAACAUUCCCCUAUCUGCACCUGGGAGAACUGCUCUUCUUCCCUAAGUGAUGACUCUAAAACACCUGCUGCCAGCAUCUGAUUCUCUGACGUCGGCCUCACAUCUUCGGGCUUGCUCUACCUGAGCCUUGCUCAUUUUCAAUCCUCAUCACAACGGUUGGAACCACGCGAUCGUGUUCUUCUCGUUCAUAUUUUCUUCACACUAUCCUGUACAAGUUGUUCGCGGUUCGUACUGAAGUCAACAUUCUCAUGCACCGCACGCAGACGUGAUCGCUCAGUACAUGACCGUCAAAAACACGACUGUUUUACAUCCCGUUCCAAGUUGUGUGCAUUUUCGUCUCGUUCGAUUUUUCUCCUGACUUAUACGUAUUAAUUAUUUGCCUUACGAAAUCUACUUUUAACUAUCUCGACCAAGCUCACUAUGUUUGUCAUCUUCCUCUUUACCCAUUUUAUCCACCGACUAAUUUUCUUCAUUUGCGACACACGUUUUCAACGUUUCUUGCGCAAUUUUUAUCUUGUUUCCCUCUGGGCUCAUUCAAGUGUAAAGCAAAACUUCCAUACUUUGGAUGCUGCUUAUCAGACCAGGCGGUUCCUUCCAUUCUUUCGGCUGUUCUAAAAGAAGUUGAGCAUUGGAUUGAUCCGUUUCCAACCCGGAUUCGCUAAAUAUCCCACUCGCUUUCUGGUAUUGCGUCUUUUUAUCGUUUACAUUAUAUACUUGCCUCACGUGGCUCUCA